UCUCGACAGAGCCGGCGCUCUGGAAAAAUGGCGGUCAAUUUUACAGUGCCACCCUGUCACAUUUGUUUGCUUCCAGUGUCUUAAAAAGGAGGAGGGCUGGUACGCGUGCCGCCGUGGCCUCGCGAGCGGACGACCGACGGAUGAACACUGCCCACUGACGCCUCGUGAAGUUGCCGUGAACUGCCAUCGACUUAAAGGAGUGUUCCAGCAAAUGACAGCAAGUUCGUGUGCGCGGUGGUCUAUUACGGGCUGGGCCUGAACGCCACACGACUGGGCAGCAGCGUCUACGUCAACUUCAUCCUAGUGCAGAUCAUCGAGGUGCCGGCCGCCUUCCGCUGCAUCCUGCUACUGGACCCGUGGGGGCGCAAGCUGAUACUCAGCCUGUCAUUCGUGCUCGGCGGCCUCGGCAGCAUCGGGAGUGGAGUGGUGUCCGGCCUCGAAGGCAUGCAGACGCUCACGGUGGCCCUGGCGAUGGUCGGCAAAUUCGGCGCGUCGGCGACGUUCGCCAUCGUGUUCGUGUACGGCGCGGAGCUGUUCCCGACGGAUCUUCACAACAGCGGCAUCGGCAUCUCGUCGGCUGCCGGCCGAAUCGGCUCCAUCCUGGCGUCGGUCAUUGCCAGUCUGGCACAAGGUUCAAAAAGCCAGGUCCUACCCAUGUCAAUUUUCGGCGUGUUGUGCUUGAUCGGGGCAGCUGUUGCUCUCUACCUUCCCGAAAAUUUCGGACAGAAAUUGCCGGACACCAUCGAGGAAUCAGAGAACUUCGGAAGGGACCAGACGCUCUGCCAUAUUCCGUGGUUGGUCCGCCGAAAACGUCGGAAGCUGUAUGCCUGCGCGUGACAGCCAAAGACGGCCCAUUACCCUCUCUCCACGGGACACCUGCGAUCAUUCUUGACAACGAAUCAGCCUCCGGAAAAACUGCUGACGUCAUUUCACCGGGCGGACUGAUUGGUCCUUACGGCGGGACAGCGGGUUGGCGCGGUUGCGGCGCAUGGCCUGCCACUUCUGUAAUAUGUCGCUUUGUGUCGUCGCG